AUGGAUACCAAGUUAAGAUCAAGAGAUUGGUCAGGGCUUUCGGAUUUGUUACUCGACUCGAUAUUUCAAAAGUUGUUUUCCAUCUCCGAUUGCUUACGCUUUGGUGCUGUGUGCAAGUCAUGGUUUUCUUUCCUAUCUAACAAUUAUGACACGCUACAACAACUCAUCAAUUCAAGUUCUAUUGAUGAACUUCCACUGCUAAUGAUCUUUACAAACCGAGACAGCUCUACCAUUUACACAAGCUUAUACAAUGUGACCAAAGAUAAAAUAAUCUUGGACCUCGAACUACCGUUACCAGACUACACAAGGAAAUCUUGCGGUUCUUACAACGGUUGGUUGGCUUUUCAAACAGUUGAUUGCAGUAAUAUCAUCCUUUUCAAUCCUUUCUCCGAUGAGUCAAUUCAUCUUCCUAGUCCUAGCUUUCAAGUUGCUAAAUUUAGUCUAUCCAAGAAUCCUUCAACCAAUCCGUUUAAUUUUGAGAUCGCGGCUAUGUGCAUGGGAUAUUCUGAUUUUGCUAUCUUAAAGCCUGGUAGUAAAAGCUGGAGUUACACUCAUCAUCGUCUUCCUACUCUUUGUGAUUUGAUAUAA